CAAACGUAAAGCAGAUGUUCGUGAUUAAGUUGAAGCAAGCUCUCUCUGCCAGGAAGGUGAUAAAACAUAGCUGCUCUCUCCAAACGAUGUUUUGUUUUCAGGUGAAAGGGAGGGGACUCAGUCAGCACACCUUCGGACCGGCGUACUUCCUGCAUCUACCGCUGUGAUAUAUAAACCCGGGGCGCAGAACGGCAGCCGAAGUCCUCUUAUAGUUUGACUAGUCUAGGCUACUGCUGGAACUGAGCAUCAUCUCUCUCUCUCUCUCUCCUGUCCACUAUUCUAUCUGGAAGGUUGGAAGAGUGUCGCCUGGCAACGCAGGUACAAGAUACGGCUGAAAGUAGAAGAUUAAAUCCAGACUUCGCAUACAGCCUUUGUGAAAUCAGAAAAAGAAGUCGACAUGAAUGCUCCGCACUUUGCCAUAGACUUUCUGCUGCUGUGCAUAUCUUGCGGAGCAAGUGUAUUGGCAGCGAACUCUCCCACCGUGUCCUCGACGCUGCCAGCCACCAAUUUCACCGACCUUGGCUCAGCGUUCAGCUAUGGAGAAGCAGACAACGAGAAUAUCAUUCUGACCAGGAAGAAGCGUUAUAUUUCCCAAAACGACAUGCUUGUCAUUCUCGAUUAUCACAAUAAAGUAAGAGGGAAAGUUUUCCCUCCGGCGUCCAAUAUGGAGUACAUGACGUGGGACGAGACCCUGUCUAAAUCAGCGGAGGACUGGGCCCACUCGUGUCUGUGGGAGCACGGACCUCGACACCUCCUCAGGUUCCUGGGCCAGAACCUCUCUGUCAGGACCGGACGCUACCGCUCUAUUCUCCAGUUGGUGAAGCCCUGGCACGAUGAAGUGAAGGACUAUGUGUUCCCUUACCCCCGGGACUGCAACCCCCGGUGCCCUCUCAAAUGCUACGGACCGAUGUGUACACAUUAUACCCAGAUGGUUUGGGCCACGACGAACAAAGUCGGCUGUGCUGUACACACCUGUCACAAUAUGAACAUAUGGGGCAACGUGUGGAAACAGGCUACCUUCUUAGUCUGCAACUAUUCAUCCAAGGGGAACUGGAUCGGAGAGGCACCCUACAAAGUAGGCGUCCCGUGCUCCGCCUGUCCUCCGAGCUACGGAGGCUCCUGUACCAACAACAUGUGUUUCCCAGCCCUCAACACAAACUAUCUGCAGUGGUUCAAAUAGAGCCCGGAGUCCCUGUCCAGACUAAGGCUACGUCCCAAAUCAAACCCUAUUCCCUAUUGCCAUUUGGUGCUAACACGCUGACCCCCCGACCCCAACACAGAGACUUUUCCCCCCCCUGAAGGAUUUGCACAACAGUCGUGGAAAACACUUAUUUAAGAUUAAAGAAUACAUUUAUAAUAAUGUGUACAUAGAAUUCAUGUUUUGUUUUUUUAACAUUGUUUUCCAGAAGUAGUUUUUUUUUUAAUGAUUAUCAUAUGAUGAAUUGGAUUGAUUGAUUGAUUGAUACAGUAAGAUUAUAAUUUAUCUUGUGGAGUAUGUUUCCUAACAUUGUUACAGUAUUAUGGGUUUACCAUUGGUCAUGUACCCAUAGAAUAUGGAUUCGCAUGGAUGUGCCUCACAAUGGUCAAAUGGAUACAAGUUAUUGACAUUUCAACGCUACGGUAGCAAGAAAAAAUAGUUUUUAAAAAGUGAUUGUUAACUAACUUUUUUUUUUUUUUUUUUUUGCUGCUGCUGCUGCUUAGCUAAUCGUCUUGGCUAACUGUGGAGAGAAAUAAUUCACUUAUGUACCGUUAAUUAGGGCUUGAUUCAAUCUGUACCAAUUCUACGGCGCAAUAGACAUUGAAAGGCAAUGUUACCCUAGUGAGCGGAGACCGCAAUAUGUCGGCUCAAUCGGAAAUGACUUUUAAAUUUCAAUCGAGCGCAGUAACUCUGAACUUUAUGUGAUCCAGAUGGAAUCGAGCCCUUUAGCCACAUAUCUCUUAGCUAGCAAACGCAACGCUGUGUCCUAAACUGCAAGGUGUCUCCAGUGAUACUUCCCCUUUUUUUUUGUCUGUUAUCGUCUGUUUUAGUGUGCUGCGUUAUAACGCACCUUGCAAAUGAAUCGCAGCGUGUGUAAAUGGUGCUGAAGGUAUUUACACACAAUGUGGAGGUUAUGCCUUGUCAUGGUCAGAAGAACAAGGCCUCAGACUUCAGACCUAAACUAACAUGAAGCACUCAACCACUAGGCUACCAAUCCACAUAGCAACUGAAGCUAACCCAACAGUCUACCAAACCACAUAGCAACUGAUGCUAACCCAACAGUCUACCAAACCACAUAGCAACUGAAGCUAACCCAACAGUCUACCAAACCACAUAGCAACUGAUGCUAACCCAACAGUCUACCAAUCCACAUAGCAACUGAAGCUAACCCAACAGUCUACCAAUCCACAUAGCAACUGAUGCUAACCCAACAGUCUAUCAAUCCACAUAGCAACUGAUGCUAACCCAACAGCCUACCAAAUCACAUAGCAACUGAUGCUAACCCAAAGCCUACCAAACCACAUAGCAACUGAUGCUAACCCAACAGCCUACCAAACCACAUGGUAACUGCAGCUAACCCAACAGUCUACCAAACCACAUAGCAACUACAGCUAACCUAACAGCCUACCAAACCACAUAGCAACUGAUGCUAACCCAACAGCCUACCAAACCACAUAGCUCAGCCAGUAGGUUACCAAACCACAUAGCUCAGCCAGUAGGUUACCAAACCACAUAGCUCAGCCAGUAGGCUACCAAACCACAUAGCUCAGCCAGUAGGUUACCAAACCACAUAGCUCAGCCAGUAGGUUACCAAACCACAUAGCUCAGCCAGUAGGCUACCAAACCACAUAGCUCAGACAGUAGGUUACCAAACCACAUAGCUCAGCCAGUAGGUUACCAAACCACAUAGCUCAGCCAGUAGGUUUCCAAACCACAUAGCUCAGCCAGUAGGUUACCAAACCACAUAGCUCAGCCAGUAGGUUUCCAAACCACAUAGCUCAGCCAGUAGGUUACCAAACCACAUAGCUCAGCCAGUAGGCUACCAAACCACUUAGCUCGGCCAGUAGGUUUCCAAACCACAUAGCUCAGCCAGUAGGUUACCAAACCACAUAGCUCAGCCAGUAGGCUACCAAACCACAUAGCUCAGCCAGUAGGCUACCAAACCACAUAGCUCAGCCAGUAGGUUUCCAAACCACAUAGCUCAGCCAGUAGGUUACCAAACCACAUAGCUCAGCCAGUAGGUUACCAAACCACAUAGCUCAGCCAGUAGGUUACCAAACCACAUAGCUCAGCCAGUAGGUUUCCAAACCACAUUGCUCAGCCAGUAGGCUACCAAACCACAUAGCUCAGCCAGUAGGUUACCAAACCACAUAGCUCAGCCAGUAGGUUACCAAACCACAUAGCUCAGCCAGUAGGUUACCAAACCACAUAGCUCAGCCAGUAGGUUACCAAACCACAUAGCUCAGCCAGUAGGCUACCAAACCACAUAGCUCAGCCAGUAGGCUACCAAACCACAUAGCUCAGCCAGUAGGCUACCAAACCACAUAGCUCAGCCAGUAGGCUACCAAACCACAUAGCUCAGCCAGUAGGCUACCAAACCACAUAGCUCAGCCAGUAGGCUACCAAACCACAUAGCUCAGCCAGUAGACUGGAUGGCACAAUGGCAGGUGUACCACUUGACCAACACAGCAUGACAUUGAUGUGCAAAGGACAACUUCAGACAGUUACAGUGUAUUGUGUUGUAAUAAUCAGUAUCUAUUUCCCAGACAGUCCAGACAGCUUUGUUCUGGUCUGGUUGCUAUAGGACAGGUUCAGUUCUGGUUGCUAGAGGACAGGUUCAGGUCUGGUUGCUAUAGGACAGGUUCAGUACUGGUUGCUAUAGGACAGGUUCAGUUCUGGUUGCUAUAGGACAGGUUCAGUACUGGUUGCUAUGGGACAGGUUCAGAUCUGGUUGCUAUAGGACAGGUUCUGUUCUGGUUGCUAUAGGACAGGUUCAGUACUGGUUGCUAUAGGACAGGUUCAGUACUGGUUGCUAUAGGACAGGUUCUGUUCUGGUUGCUAUAGGACAGGUUUAGUACUGGUUGCUAUAGGACAGGUUCAGUACUGGUUGCUAUAGGACAGGUUCUGUUCUGGUUGCUAUAGGACAGGUUCAGUACUGGUUGCUAUAGGACAGGUUCAGUACUGGUUGCUAUGGGACAGGUUCAGUACUGGUUGCUUUAGGACAGGUUCAGUACUGGUUGCAAUAGGAUAGGUUCAGUACUGGUUGCUAUAGGACAGGUUCAGUACUGGUUGCUAUGGGACAGGUUAAGUUCUGGUUGCUAUGGGACAGGUUCAGAACUGGUUGCUAUAGGACAGGUUCAGUACUGGUUGCUAUGGGACAGGUAAAAUACUGUUUGUGUUGCUUGUUGUUUGUCUUUUAACAUACCUCGGCGGCAAUACAUACAGUAGGCUCAGUGGAAUGUGUAUACCAUGGGACAAAUGGACAGUAUUACAUUUAAAGGAUCCAGGUAUGUCCUUACAGCAUGUGUUUUGGUCGAUGGCUUGAUUCUGUUGUGUCAUGUUGUAUAAAGUUCACUGAUGUGUUUUCAGUGUUGAUAUGGAGAACCACGUCAUAGAAUAUUGUGUACAUGGAUAACCCUCAUAUUUUUUUUUUUAUUGUUUUGUAAAAUAAACUUUACAUAAAUGUGGAAUUCUU